GCUGCGCCGACGCACGCCGACGACAGAAGCGUUCCUCUCGCGCCGAGUACGCUCGCGCCUAAAGAUUUAUCGGGCCGCGUUGAAAAAAUAAUUGGAUAUGUGAUGGAGGGACAAGACUGGCGAGAAUGGCGGCAAGACGGUCUGGUACCGAGCAGCCAGUGUCCGCGCAGCACGUACCUGCCUCAGCCACUGGGAGACAGACUCCAUCAUGAGCCCCCCGAUCUGCCUCCGCUUCACCACCCUAUUAGAGAUACGUCGCUAUGCACACGCAGCACCUACUCACCCCUACAAGCGCUCAGCGAGAGUACCUGCCGCGACCACGGCGCCCACUCUGCGCCACCGCCGCAGCCGCUGCCGCCCAGGGUGAUAUCAAACAACCAGAACAUGACGCUGCAUCCAGCAGUCGCCAGGUGCACAGCAACAUUGGAGUUAUCAGCUCUCUGGCGCAGCUUUCACGAGCUAGGAACUGAGAUGAUAGUGACCAAAGCUGGGAGAAGGAUGUUCCCUGCAUUGCAAGCGAGGUUGGCUGGUCUUCUGCCCAACGCUGACUAUCUGUUGCUGGUGGACUUUGUGCCGCUUGAUGAUAAGCGAUACCGAUACGCUUUCCACAGUUCAAGCUGGGUAGUGGCGGGUAAAGCGGACCCGGUGUCCCCGCCGCGCAUUCACGUGCACCCCGACUCCCCCGCCCCGGGCUCGCACUGGAUGCGCCAGCUGGUCUCCUUCGAUAAGCUCAAGCUCACCAACAACCAGCUCGACGACAAUGGACAUAUAAUCCUGAACUCGAUGCACCGCUACCAGCCGCGGCUGCACGUGGUGUACCUGCCGGCUGAGGGGCAGGCGCCUGCGCCGGCUACCGUGCCCUACCGCACCUUCGUCUUCCAAGAGACAGGGUUCACCGCUGUCACCGCCUAUCAGAACCAUAGGAUAACGCAGCUGAAAAUAGCAAGCAAUCCAUUCGCAAAGGGAUUCCGGGAUUGUGAUCCAGACGAUUGCCCCCCGGAGCAGCAGCAACGCCCGGCAGCGCGCAGGCGCGAGGUGCCGCCGGCCGAGGCGUGUCCGCAGCUCGCGCAGCCCUACGCCGCCGAGCCCAGCGCUUGCGGACCACUAUACGCUGCCCAUGCGCAUACCGUCAGAUACCAACCCCACGCGAGUCACAACACGGCGUACAGCGCGUACUACGCUCACAGGUAGCUUACCCUACCACGGUAUAGUGUAGAGGUAUGUGAUUAAUUGAUUAGUGAACUGAAAGACAACCGGGGAUUGCUAAUAUAACGGACAGCUGCAGGCAUGGCACACGCGACGCGACAUAUACCGCGGGCUUCGAUAUGUAGACGCAACGUAUGCUGUUAAUGUAAGUUAACGUCAAUUUUAUAGACGGUCGUUAGGCUUACGAUCAGAAAGCAAUCAAUCAAAUAUACACACAUAAUUAAAACACAUAAUAACGGGUUCUUACCGCGUUUAAAAUAGGAAUAUGAGACUCCCGAUAUUUCGACACUGUUGCAAGUGCCAUGAUCACGGGAUGACUGAUGAGAUUGGACUGGAGUAGGUAGAUCCAUAAUUUAACGCGAAGCGGUUUUUUAUUUUUAACGCGGUAAGAACCCGUUAUUAUGUUUUUUAAUUAUGAUAAUAACCUAAAACAAUGUAUACACACAUAAGUACAUGAAACGAUAUGAAAAUACAUAAGUAUAUAAGAGAGAUUACAGUUAGAAGAAGCAUCACAAUUGGCGACCUUGUUGCUCGAAGAAUUUUCUUUGACCAAUAAGGUCGCGUAGAAAAGAAGAAGUCCCAAAUUAUUUGUCAAAAAACAUGUCACAAAUUACUUCAGCGUAUGCGUAUGAGGAAUUUUCCAGGCUACGUUCCUCAAAAACAAUAUAGAUGGAGCUGUACAGAUUUUCAUUCGUUUAACCUUUUAAUUUCAUGGAUAACAGACAUAUUAUGUAACUUUCAUCUUUGCUUUUGGGUAUAAAUAAUGACCCUAGUUAUUAUACCCAGGCACAACACACCUUCCACCAAUUAUUAUUCUGAUCAUGGUAGCAAGCAACAAAGAUAUUGUUGAAAUGGUGUUAAUAUUUCGGUGGCUUAGGUUUAAUGUAUUAUUUUCGAAUCAAAACGGAGAUUGGAGCGCAGGCAAACACCUCCUAAAUUUAUUUUAAGCCCUUUCCGUUUCGGUGGUUACAAAUUCUAUAUCACAUUUUUGAAUAAUUAUAUAAGUACCCGAGUGAUGAGAAAAUAGUUAAUUAUCACGUUAAAUCUCGACAACGCUUCUAUAUUGUUUUUGGGAAACAUAGCCUAUUAAGUCCUUCAUUAUUAUUGGUCUGUGAUAAUUGUCGCGUCGCUUAUACCAUGCCACACCACUGGUGCAAGUCAUGGGUGAUAUCCUAAAAAUAUUAUUUAUAAGUGUGAAGAACUUUCUUUAAUAAAACUGGGGGGUUAAAAUGGCCACAUCGAAGCAAUUCAUCUAAGAAAGCAAUAUUGAAAUUUGACAUUUGCGCAUAUAUAUAAAAGUAAGUGCGCAAUGUAAACAAAUGCAAUAUUGCUUUCUUAGAUGAAUUGCUUCAAUGUGGCCAAUUUAACCCCCAGUUAUUUUGUCUGUCAUUUAUAAUAUUGUUGAAAUGGUGUUAAUAUUUUGGUGGCUUAGGUUUAAUGUAUUAUUUUCGAAUCAGAACGGGAUUGGGGCGCAGGCAAACACCUCCUAAAUUUAUUUUAAGCCCUUUCCGUUUCGGUGGUUAAAAAUAACAUGAAUUAACUUAAAAUAAAUUUAGAAAGAGUUUGCUUGCACCGGCAGCACUAAGUAUUUGUUUAAUAUUUUGAUUGUAAUUAAUAUCAAAAUGUAGAGAAACAUACGGUUGAAAAAUAAAAUUUUUGUUGAGACUGUUUAAGCGAAAUAUUUAUUUACUUACUUACAUAAAGUUUAAACCAAAAAUUUAAUACCAAAAUGUAACUGGACCAUAUUGUAAUCAUUUAAAAUAAAAAUACCAAGUACUUAAGUAGAGCAAUAAUUACCGCAUAUUUAUCUUGUAUGCAAUGUGAAAUUCUUCAUCUUCAUACCGUUAUCCUGCCUUUGACUGGGUCCGCAUACCUUACCUGAAGAUUUGACAGGUCUGGGUUAUACAGGGUGUUAGUGACAUCGUAACGAAAACUUUGAGGGGUGAUUCAGACCUUGAUUAUGAGUUCAUAUCAAGUGGAAUUUUCCGUAUGGAAAAAAGUAUGAAAUGAAUUUUCUGAAAGGAAAUUACACUUGAUAUCAACUCAGAAUCAUGGUCUAAAUCAUCCCCCUCAGAAUUUGGUAUGGUGUCACUCCCAUACGCACUUGUACGGGGUGUAAGUAACAUCAUAACGAAUACUAAGGGGGAUGAUUCAGCUCUUUAUUCUGAGUUAAUAUCAAGUGGAAUUUUCCAUCGUUAAUUCCAUUAAAAUCAUUUUAUAUAUUCACUCGUGACAUUAUUGACCCAACCGAGUAUCGAACCGUCUGGUUUGGUCAUCAGGGUGGCAGCCAUUACAUUGAAGAUGUCAUCAGAUGACUAGUACUUUUCAUAACAUUUUUAUAAUUGUAGAUAUUAUUUAAAUUAGACCUUGUAAAGUAAUAAUUACAUCAUUUUACAUCGUAACAAUGUGCCUUCUCUUGUGAUAGAUAAGCCAUGUAUUAUGGAAACCUUGUAUUUUGUAAUGUUACCAAUACAUAGGUGAUAAUGUUAGAGUGAGCCCACACCAUGCGACAUCGCACCGUUGCGACGCUUGAAAGCCAUGAACGCUUUAACGCAACGCUAAGUCACACAAAAAACGAUGUAAAUACGAAUGACAAGCGAAUAAGGGAAAAUUUCGGCAGCUUAUCCCAUUUCCACAUUUAACUUCGUUUUUGUUCGACUAAGCUUUACCUUAAAGUGAAUGUAUCUGAGCUAGGCGCAUUAUUAGCCAUGCCGCUCCGACAUUCUUUAUUUAUUUAUAUUAUAGAUGUCAAUGAACGAGGAGCUCGGUGGCGCAGCGGUAAACGCGCUCGGUCUGCGAUUGUUGAAGUUAAGCAACUUUCGCAAAGGCCGGUCAUAGGAUGGGUGACCACAAAAAAGAAAAGUUUUCAUCUCGAGCUCCUCCGUGCUUCGGCACGUUAAGCCAUUGGUCCCGGCUGCAUUAGCAGUCGUUAAUAACCAUCAAUCCGCACUGGGCCCGCGUGAUGCUUUAAGGCCCGAUCUCCCUAUCCAUCCAUAGGGAAGGCCCGUGACCCAGCAGUGGGGACGUUAAUAGGCUGAUGAUGAUGAUGUCAAUGACAUGCCGAACGUUGCAUUACGAUGUCUCGUGGUGGUCAGAUCGUUAAAAUCAUAGUAACAAUAAUACAUCAAUGAAUGCGUUGUCAUAGUGACGACGCAACGAAGUGACAACGCCGGUGUGGCCUCUCUUAGUAGCAUUCUUCUACAUUUCAUUAGAAAAUGAUAAGUCGAGUGCCUCAACCAAGUGCCAAAUGUAACCAAAGGAUUUAGCUGUAAGAUAGAAUAAGAAAGUUUGUAUAUUUAUUAUUAUUAAUGUAUUAAAAAUUAUUAAAGUGGAAA